AUGGCUCCCGUAAUCGAAAUCUUCCCAGUGCCACCGCUGCAGUGCAACUGUAGCAUAGUCGGGGACUCUGAGUCCAAGGAUGCAUUGGUGGUCGACCCGGGCGGCGAUGUCGAUCACAUCGUCAGCCGUCUCAAGUUCCAUGGUUUGACCUGUAAGCGAAUUCUGAUCACGCAUGGUCACCUGGAUCAUAUCAUCGGGGCGACAGAGCUGAAGAAGCUCACGGGCGCCGUCAUCCUUAUGAACCAGAAUGACUUGAGCAUCUAUGAGAAGGUCAAGGAGCAGUGCCGCGACUUUCGUGUCCCACCGCCCUUGGAGCCGCUGCUGCCACCAGACGACUUCCUGGCUGAUGGCGAUGUGGUGCAGUGGGCGCCGGACCUUACGGUGAAAUGCUUGCACUGCCCGGGUCACACCCCUGGCUCUAUGUCCUAUUACUUUGAGCAACACAAGCUCGUCUGCCCAGGGGAUACGUUGUUCCAGGGCUCCGUCGGCAGAACGAACUGGGCAGGUAUUCCAUCGCUUCAAGGCACUUCCGACGGGAACCAGAUCAUUGGAAGCAUCAAAUCAAAGCUUCUCACCCUUGAUGGUGAUGUCCGAGUAAUUUCAGGGCAUGGACCUGAUACCACCAUUGCGGACGAGCGGCGCCACAAUCCAUUCGUGCGAUGA